CAGUCAGUGUCAGAGCUGGGCCAUAUGAGCCUCGCUAGGUCUGCAGCCAUGGCCAGAGCUGCUGCUACCACAAUGGUCUUAGACUUCCAGGCAUCACGGGAACAAUCCAGAUGUGCAGAAAUGCCUCCCCAGUGCAAGAGCCCUGCGGUCCUCCAGGAGCCUGUGGAAAUGAUGCCUAUGUCUGACUCAGCCCACACUUCUCUGGUUCCUGUGAACAGUGCCAGUGGGUGGGUGCUGACUUUGGUGACAAAGGGACUACAGAGAGUGGUUCCACAGCCUGCCCCUGCCCUGGUAGUCCAGAACUUGGAGAGCAACAUCAAUGUUCCUGACCAGGCUGGACCACAGACCCUUGGGGAUAUAGGAACACCAGGCCCAGGGCUGGAGCCAAAUGACAAAGCUGACAGCCAGAACAAGAGGCCUGGAAAAAGAGUUAUAAAAUGGUUGGUGCAGGGUUUGGAAAAAAUGUUGCCUCAUCCUCCACCCCAGCUGCUGAAAAUUUCUGAGGCAGGCUGUACGGGGCUUGACGAAGCAGCGACCGAACCAGCAUCAGCACCCCCAGAAGUUCAGCCAGAGCCCCAGCCAGAGGAGAAAGAGCCCCCACCAGAGAUCCCUACCCCAGUGCCAGCUUCCCAAAGGCCUGAGGAGCCACCCACAGAACAGGAGAGCCAGCCAGUUACCCUGCCUGCUUCCUGCCUUCCUCCUUCUGGAGACCGUGCCAGGCUGAUAGGAUGGGUCAAGAGGAGGCUGGAGAUGGUGAUUCCUCAGCCUGUUCCUCGAGGGAAGGUGUUACAGGAGCUGGAAACAUCCUCCCUGGCCACCGUGCAGAACAGUAAGUGCCUGGCAUGGGAGCCCUUGGAUUGGGUGGGUCUCUGAGCUGAGUUAAUCCGUGCCCUGUGGGCUGAGCCCAUGCAGGCACAGCGGCGGGGAUCACGUCUGGUCGUGAGAUAUGAUGAAUGCGAUUCUUGGGAUCGCCUGUGCUGGGGGCUGCCUGGCUCAUUUCAGCAGGGAUGAAGGGAGUUGUGCUAAAGCAUCCUCCUUGAGAGAGACCAGCGCCAAGCAAGGGGAUAAGAACGGGGAGCUGGCUAAUUGAAUUCCUCCUGCCCUGGUCAGCCUCACCUCCUUAUUUCAAAGGGUCAGGAGUCCAGAAAUGCCCCUGUGGGAAAGGAGAAGAUAAAGGCCUGGGAUUAAAAAAAAGGGGGAUCCACUCGGAGGCAUGGGAUAUUGUACUCUGGGAGACAAGGAUUGGCAAAGGGGAUGUAAGAGGUCUAGAGGCCUCUCUAGUUCUCCUCCAGGAAUACUGAGUUGGGGACGAGGAAGGAAGGCAAGUUACAAGCAUUUAAGUGCCUACUAUGUUCCGGAUACCUUGCUAUUUGAUAUCCCUACAACAACUUUGGGGGGUAGGCGCUAUUAUUAUCUCCACUUUAUAGAUGAGAAACCAGAGGCAAACAGAGGAUACGUGACUUGUCUAGGGUCACGACUCAGCUAUAAAGUGUCUGAGAUCAAAUUUGAACCCAGGUUUUCGUGAUUCCAGGCCUGGCUCUCUAUCCCAGUGCCUCGAGGUAGGCAGAGGUGGGUUUAGGCUUGGGGAAUCUCUGUGGAGAAGAGUCACCGUUUUGUCUCCUCUCCUUAUCCCAGGCACCCUGAGUACCCCCUGCCUAAUGGGUUUCAGUCUUUUCCAAGGACCGAUGAUUGAGAAUGGGAGUCCAGGCCUGGGAAAUCACCUCUAAGGGAAUAGCCAUCCCCUCCCCUCAUACUGAGCAGAAGCUCAUUUGCCAUUGAUGGUUUUAGAGAAUUGUUUGGGAGCCCCGAGGCCACAGCCCCACAGCUGGUAUGUGUCAGAGGUGGGACUCAAACUCAGGUCUUCUUGACUCCAAGGUUAGAUCUCUUCCUGCUACUAUGUACGAUGCUGCUCUUCCUUUCACAACCAACCGUUUGGACUGGAUUUACAAAGACAAAAAUAAAGGAGUUCCUCCCCUCAAGGAGCUUACAGUUGAACUAGGGGAGACAUGUACGGGGAUAGAGAAGACACAUACCAAAUACAUACAAGUAGAAUUUUGGGAGGGAAGGCAUUUAGCAGUGGUGAUGGCACUUGGGCAGAAUGUUGAAGGACAAAAAGGAUGCCAAGAGGUGGAGGUAGAUGGGAAUGGGUCUGUUC